AAGGAUUUCGGGUGUGGCUCCGCAGAUCGGAGCAAGAAAAACCCCAAAAUGCUUUGCGGCUAGAAUCUUGGGGUCCUAUCGCCAUUUUGCUGAGCCUGUCCUCCGAGAACCUGGCCUGGCGACUUCUGUCUGCGAUAUCCAGACAGAAACCUGCAAGGGUUAGUAGUACUUGUAUUUACAAGGUGUUCUUUGCUCCUGAGAUGUUGAGAGAAACUGAACUCUUCAUAUACUAUGACAUACUGAAGAAAGACACUCAAACUGGAAGUUGGAUGAACAUUGAAGAUGCUUAAGUUGCAGCCAAAUCUUCAUUAUAUCUUUUGAUUCAGACAGAAUGCUUUAAAUGUUGAAAAUGAUAUAGAGGAGCAAAGCUAUAUGAAAAAGAUGGAUGCCUCUGCCAAACAAGUGGUUGACACUCCUGUCAUUUCGGACAACUCUGAUAUAGAUACUGUGUGUCAGGAAGCAAUAAAUGAGUUGCUCAAGAAGACAAUGCCGACAGAAACGGAUAUCACUUUAUGCAAUCACGAUGACAGUCUGCUUACAGAGGAAAGUGGGGAUGUGAGGGAGGAUGACACGGGAACUGUUGAAGAAGAAAAGCAAUUGAUAAGCAAAAAAGCUGUGUUUUGUAAAGAAAGUUGCGUAAAACUAAAAGAUGUGGUCAGAUCACAGCCAUCACCACAACCAUCAACCUCUACAAGAGAGUGUCCUGUACAGAGGGAAAAAGAUGCGGAUCCUGAGCAAGUGCCAGGCACUUCUAUGAGUAACAUUCUGUAUGAUAUCGGUCUAGAGGUUGUCUCUGACUUUAUGCAGAACAGUCCUGCCAAGCACUGUCCAAAGGAAACAACUGACAAAAUGUCAAAGAGCAAGGGUAAGAAUGCAGCACAGCAGGAAGUGAAGAAAUACUACUGUCGAGAAUGCCCAGCUUACUACUAUGACUUGGGCUGCAUGUAUCGGCACUUGAAGAAUGUACAUAAGUUGUAUAUUCCCACUGAAGAGUUGAGGACUUACUACAGGAGAACAACUGUACGAAGAAAGGGCAGCAAGAUGCACAGUGAGCUCAAAGACAAGGAAAGUAUGGCAGUUGGAGUAACAGGAACAGACUCAAGUAAAGGGAACGUUGAAGGAGAAGAAAAGGUGGCCACAAAUAUGCCAAAGAACUCCACCAUGAUGAGCUACAGGUGUACCCUAUGUCCAUAUAAUACAUUUAACUAUGCCAAGUUGUUACUCCAUGUACAGGUCCUACAUGGGAAAGCACAGAUAGAACAAGACGUCGUUUGUAAAGUCUCCUCUCCAAUUUCACCAUUCGCUACUGAAGACAAACCCUUGAACAAAAAGCCAGUCCUGCUAUUAAAGACAGAGAACAGGUUUGAUGCACAGUCAUCUGAGACAAAGAAACCUGUGCACAUGAAUGUCAUACCUGUGAAAAGAAUUGUCCUUGUCAAGAAGAAGAGCAGGGCAGACAACAUUGGAACAGCAGAAGUGCAGCAGCCAGUUGUGAAGAAAUUGGAAGACUUUAUUGCUCUUGCCUGUCCCUUCUGUGAGGAGCGACCUAAAGACAAGACAAUCUUGAAGAAACACCUAAAAACUGUACACAACAUGAACAUUGUGGAAGAGUGUAAACUUGCACAACUCAAUACUGUAGACAGUCCUGACCUACAGGAGGUAAGAGAGACAAGAGUAGUUGCAGAAGAUGUCUCGGAAGACAAAAAGGCCUCUGCCUCUAUGGGACAAACAUGCAUUUCAGAAGAAGCUCAAACACAGGAAAAUGAGCUGUGCAGUAGUGCCUUCGAAAAAGAGCUCCAAAAGGACCUUCCAGCUGCUUACAGUUCAGAAGAAAGCAAGGUUGGUGACAAAAACAGACAUGAGCAGAUUGAAGACAACCAUGCUGAAAAUGAAUGCGCUGAAAGAGAAAACACAUCUUUUGGGGACACUGAGGUUUCCAGGACAACUUACUCACUCUCACAGCUCAUGCCACUUGUUUGCAAGUUGUGUUUACAAGUUCAUGUACGUUGCUCUAGCAUUGUUAGGCACAUGAGGUGUGCUCACAAUGUUCAAGUCCACUGUCAGGAGAAGUUUGACAUCCCAUUGUCUGGACAGUACUUCAAUGGACGAGACUGUAGAUUUUGCGGUUAUGUGGCAAGGGACAAGAUGACAUUCUUUGUCCAUCUAGGCCACUUCCAUAAGAUAGUUCACUAUGCAGCACUUGCAACUAAGUAUCAGAAACAGUUGGAGACGUCCAGAAGUGAACGCAAAAUAGUACCCAGGUCUGAGUCUCUCAAGUGUCUGGAUUGUGGUUUCAUAACAACAAGCCUAAGCCACUAUCAGAGGCACAGGAGGGAGAGCCACAUUUCCAAGCCCAGAUCUUGUCAUUUCAAGUCGGAUCAGUUGAAAAAUGAAAAUGAGAAAGAUGCAACGAAUGCUAAUGAAGACACAACCAAGUGUACAGCAAAGUCUUUGCCACCUACUAAGAGUAUGCGCAAACAAUUGUGUGAAGAAUGUGGGGAAGCCUUUACGUAUGCUUAUGAGAAAGACUACCAUGUUUUUAAAGUCCAUAAAAACAAGCAGAAAGAAGAACCUGAUUGGGGUAGGAGAAGGAAAACCAGAGAACCUGUUACUACCGGUAAGAGUAAACGUAAAAAACUCUGUGAAGAAUGUGGACAAACCUUUCUGUAUGCAUACGAGAAAGACUACCAUGUUUUUAAAGUUCACAAAAACAAGCAGAAAGAAGGACCUGACUUGGGUGGAAGCACACCCAGAGAACCUAUUAUUCUAGAUGUGUCUCUGCCUGUAAAGAAAGAAACUGAUGAAAUUGUAAAAGUGGCAAGGAAAUGUACAAAGAGAAAGAGGAAGGAAGCAAAGGGGGACAAGGAGGAAACUAAAAGAGUAGCUAAAGGUAAAAGAAGGAAGGUUGAUGAAAAUAGAUUUGAUGAUGGAGCUAAGGUUAAGGUUGGAAGGUCAGAGGUUGUAAGGAAGGUGGUGAUGAAGACUUCCACGGCUACAAGAAAAUCAAGUUCUGGCUGUUACAAGCACAAGAAGAAAUUCAUGCCUGCCAAUGAAACAACCCUAAAGGAAUGGGAGCAUCUUCUGAAGGCAAGCUACGCCUGCAACCAGUACCCAAGCAGGGAGGAAAUACAGAGACUGGCCAUGGAGACUGGGCAGGAGUUUGCACUGAUAAGGACAUGGUUUGCAUACGAGAGACAAAAUCAGAAGCUUGGACCACGACCAAGGAACGUGUACUACAAACAGUCCACAGACCACACAGCAUACAUGGAGAAGGAAUUGCAGAAAAAUCCAAAGCCGACAGUUCAAGAUAUGAGUAGAAUUGCAGACAAGACAGGGUUAAGUCGGGGGUUAGUCAUCUAUUGGUUUAAAAAAAGGCUCAACUUAGCUGGUCUCAACUUAGAGGAGCUUGUUCCAGAGACAGAGACAACAGCCUCAGCAGGUCCUGUUUCAUCAAUGGAUGAUCAAUCAUCCAGCAAGGACCAAGAGCAAGGGGAGUUAGUGCAACUCAAGGUACCGCAUCUGGAUAUUAGAGAAGUACACUGCAGAAAAUCCAGGCAGUCCAGGAGAAAGGGUAUUCCAAAAAAGAGUGAAACAGAAGAAGACCAAAUUGGAAAGUUCACAACAGAACAUAAGGAAGGAGAUAAAGAUAUUAACAACAAACCCAGACAGGAUGGUAGCUGUGUAAAGGACAUGACAGACUUUGAUUCAAGCAGCAUAGAAAAGGCAGGGGACGGAAAUGUCAAGCAGAAAUUGCAGAGGCGGCCAAUAGAUGAACUUGUCUCAAAAGUUGCUGCUCGAGUUAUGUCAGACAAAGACAUGGUAGAUAAGGGUGAUUGUACUGUCUAUUUUGACAGUAAGGAGAAUGAAGAACAUCCUGAAGAUCAUGACCUUCCAGAGAUGGAGUCAUUUUCAGAUGAGAUGUCAGUUCCUCGAACAGAGAAGGAAGGCCAACAAAGUAUCAAGAAACCUGAGAAAGUCCAUGUGAAGAACUUAAUCACACCCAUGAAUUUAAAGGCACAGAGAAAGUCAAUGGUCAGGAUGGUGAAGCAGCAAGAGGAGAGUGUUGAAACAUUGAAGAAAAGCAGUUCAAAUGUUCAAAUGAUGAAACAAAGCAGGUCAGGAAGGCCGCCAUGUUUAGGAGGUCCCAAUGUGUUGAAUUUGAGCAUUAAAGAAAAGGAGACAGAUCUUCCAGCUCAAGAUCAACCCCUUGUUCCUACCUGUGCACAAAAUGAUGAAAAACUUUCUCCGAAAAAGUCAAAGAUAUCGCAUCAAAAGGCCAGAGCGCUUGCUAACAUGAUACCUUAUUAUUGUUGCCUCGUCUGUGAUCCAACCCCAGUAAGAUCCCCUGAUAAACUGGAAGCCACAGCUUUCACACAAUACAGAACCCUCACGCAACACCUCAGAGAGAAACACAACAUACAGUCCAGGUUUGAGCAUCACUUCACCAUCAAGAAAUUCCCCAAUGUUAAAACAAACACUCAGGAAAAGUACCAGUGCCAGUAUUGUCCCAUCUACUAUCACAUGCCUGGGUUCUUGGUAAAACACCUGAGAGAUAAACAUGGUGUGAAGGACCAGAUUGUCAAAGGGAGUGCCCACUUUGAAAUAGUCAAAUCAGAGAUUAUGGAAAAUAUGGGAAGUGGAAAGAUGGUAAAAACAGUGGAUAAAGCUUCAGGUGUCCCUCCCAAGUCUAGCCAUGGAUGGACAGUUACACAAUACUGUUGUGCGCUCUGUCCAAAGUCUACAACUAAAGAUAAGAAGACAAGGUCUGCCUUCCUGCAGUUCAAGAGUUUGGAGGACCAUCUCAUGACCAGUCAUCAGGUGAUGUCAGACUUUAACAUGUACUGCACCAGUCAGCAGGUCCCAGUUCUGGAAAUCAGCAAGCACGAUGUUGUCACGUAUGCAAAGCAUCGCUGCAAGCUCUGCAACGCCCAGUACAACUACAUUGGUUUCAUGGUCAGGCAUCUGAAUGAGAAGCAUGAAUUGAAGGACUUGGAUGUGAAAUGGUCUAACUUUGUUGAAGUCGUUACACCAGACAUGAAAAGCUGCUCUGAGGACUGUGUUCAGAGGGAACCAUCAUAUAAGGCAUUGGGAAAAGUUGGCACGAACCCAAACUCCAAACAACAACAGGUUGUACAAGAACAGUAUCCCAGCCCUACAAGUCCUGCAAAGCCAAUAAGAAGUGCCAGUAAUUUGUCACCGUCAUCUUCAGCUCUUGAUCUGUCCCUUCCGCAAAAGAAGUUGAAGUCUGCUCAAAGUGGCCACAUUAUUUAUCAGUGCACACUCUGUAAAUCUUUCUUUCGUUUCUACACCAAUGCCACUGAUCACCUUGGGACCAAGCAUGCCAAGUAUGGAACUGACUGUGAAGAGCACAUUAAAGAGAGGAGUGCAAAAAUAGUGGAAUUUGGACAACAUCAGAAACAAGACAACUCAAGCUCUGCAAAUCAGGAGGCAAAUGAAGGUAGUUCAAGUCUGACCAAGAAUUCCACUGUGGCUGCUUGUGAUGCAGGCUGUAACCUGUCAAACCCUCCUUCAGAAUCAUCAGGAGGAUUUGUUAGUGAGGGAUAUUCCACUGACUUUUCCACCUUAGAUGUUUCCUGUCUGGAAGCAGAGGGGGUCAUAUAUGAGUGCUUGACAUGCAAAGCAGUAUUUCCCAAAUGGGCCCUUCUCGUUAGGCACUAUGAAUGUUGCACAUGGGACAGCUCAUUGCACCUCAAUGCAAUUGUGCGAAUACCAAAGGAGGUGAUGGAGUCUUUUUUUGCUAAAUAUGCAUCAGGAUUUGAGUGCAGCUUCUGUUACAUGACCAUUGAGGAUCAGACAAUGCUGGCAUCUCACUUGCAGAUGCAUACUCAACCACAUAUCAUUCUAAGGUGUGAAGGAGAAGAGGAUGAGGAAAGGAAAGACUCGGACUAUCCUAUAGCUACAAGUGCAGCAAAAAUUGCCCAGUACACACUUACACCCCUUUCUCAAUCUGUAACAAUAACAUCACAGGGAGAAAUGUCAACCACAAGCCAAGACCUAAAUCAAAAAUAGAUGUCCACAGUCUAAAGUCGUAAAGCAACGAAAGGUAAAAACAGGAAGCUGAGGAAAGAUUGAGAGCAAUGAGAAAUAUGUAUGUGAUGAAGGUACAGAUCUAGACCUGGAAGUUCCAAAAAGUAACGAAGAAAGAGAUAAAGGAAGUCAACUUUGUAAGAUGUACUGACUAUGACUGUACUGAUACUGUGAACUGAUACUGUAAAAAAGCAGCUGCAAAAGUAGCGAGUAAUUGCAGCAGAUUGCAAGAAAUAUCGGAAAAUGUCUACUAAUGCCAAUGUUUCAAUAUUUUCACAUCAGAAUAAAGAUCAUGACAAU